AUCUGGCACAUCAGUUACACUAGAUCAGCUGGUGGUGAUGAUGGAGACGUUGAUGACAGAUUUAAACACAGGCAUUUUGAAAGCGAACCUCCUAGAAAGUACAAAGAAAAUUGCUCGUGUGAGCGGUAUUCUAAUGGAACAACUUGUAGAUAAAGGUGACGAACAACGAUUGAAGGAGAUUGAAGACGUCAUAACGAGAGCACUUCAAUGGAGAAGUACACAAUCGAAGGAAAUGAACAGUGUUCAGUUGAAAAGAGCGAUGAGCAUCUGGGAGGAGUCCACGCAAUAUCUGCUCACAAACAAAGAUAAAUUAAAGAACAUUGCAGUGAAUGAGGUCAUCUUUACCAUUAAAACAUCAGCUGUCGCUGUGUACGACACACUACAAAAUACAGAUCAGGACAUCUUCAGAUAUCCAAAAGUCAACAACGAAAGCGUUGAUCCUUCAUGGACCAAACCUAAACGGAAGUUCUGCCUAGGUAUUCAUGUUUGGGGAGUUUGUGUUGGAGCAUACGUCUCUUAACGUACCUUGGAUAACACAAACUAGAGGAAAACUGGAAUAGUGUUCAUAUUCACCGUAACGCGGAAAUUAAAUAAAAUUUUCAAUUAUACGCC